AUGAAACGAGCUCUUGUAUCUUUAGUUCGUCAACGAGCACUUGCUCGUAGUUCUGAAUCAGCAAAAUAUCUUGGGUGCAGUCAUGUUUUUGCUUUAUCAACAUCUCGACCAA